AUCACAGUUUGUAUGAAGUGAGUGAUGGAGAGGAAAAACAAAUGUUCUGGUUCUGGUUCGGGUUCGGGUUCUCUGAAAAUGAAGAAACCAGAAAGGAAGAUUACUGAAAAGAACAGAAGGAACAACAUGAAUUUUCUCUACUCUCAUCUCUUCUCCCUCAUCCCUCCUCAUCUCAUCUCCAAGGGAGGUGCUCAGGUGUCAGAUCGAGUGGAUAGAGCCAUAGACUACAUUCAAACCUUGAAAGACAGCUUGGAGAUGAAUAAGAAGAAGAAGGAGCAGUUAUUGAGUAAAAAAAGAUCAUUCCAACACACCAAAACCAACAUCGUCCGCCAAUCGCUCGAUGUUCAAAUUCAGGAAAUGAGUCCUGAUCUGGAUGCCGUUCUGGUGACAGGAUUGAAAAACCAUUCAGAUUUUUGCGACGUGGUUCAGUUACUUGAACGAUAUAGCACCGAGGUAGCACUUGCAAACUUCUCCAGCUCCGGCCAUUCCAUCUUCCACCUCCGCCAUAAAAAGAUGGAAGCUGACGAAAUGUCCAAGAGGAUCAAGAAUUUAAUUGAAGGAUCCUCAAAAAUGAAGGAACUGGAACUGGAAUUGGAAUUGGGGAAUGAUGAUAUCGAUAUAAAUGGAUCAUCAUCAUCAUCAUCAAAUAUAAGUAAAUGGGACUUUGAUAUCCAAUCGACUUUAUGGGAAUGGGAGUUGGAGAUGCUGCCAAUGAAUAUGUUAAGUUAGAGAAGAGAAUUUACAAGAAAGUCAGAGUAAGCAAGUGUUGCCGUUAAUUUCUAUAUUCUAGUCUAGUCGAAUAUUUUUAAUCUCACCAGCUAUGAGGUUUUCUUUCCAGAUAUAACAUUAUCUGUUGACUGUUGUGAUAUAUAAUCAUUUAUUACAUAAUACACAAGUAAUAUCUACA